GUCUUAUUCAAUGAACGUUUAAUAGGUUCCAAUAACAAAACCUCCUUCUCGUUCACCUAUGCAAACUUACAACAUUGCAAAAAUAAUAAAAACAGAACCAUCGCAAUCUGAUAGAUAAUUUUCAGCUGGUCAUAGAUGUGAACGAUCAAUGAUUUCACCCAGUCUUCUUGAUGAAGGGUCAGUUUUGGUUUAAAAGUUGCCACCUAAUAAAUUAGUAAUAAAUUUAAAUAUCAAGGUAAAAGCUUCAGGCAAAUAUCCAGAAUUUUGUAUUCGAGAUCAAGAUACAGGCAAAGUCAUUGAUAUUCGUUUUUAAGAUUGGAGAAAUAAUUGGUUUCUAUAUUUUUAAUCUAUUAGGAAUACAAAGAGUCCAAAUAAUGCUAAAUUGAUAAAGGCAGUGAAAAAUAAUUCCUAUAAUGAGGUUAAAGAAAUCCUUUUAAAAGACAAGCCUGAAAUUAAUGCAAGGGAUACAGAAGGAAAUACAGUGUUACAUUUAAGUGUGAUGAGUGGAAAUUCUAAAUUAGUUGGAUUACUAUUAUAUCACGAAGCUCAAAUAGAUUCAUUAAAUUCAAAAUUAUAAACUCCUUUAAUGAUUGCUUGUAGUUUAGGGAUUGAGGAAAUUACUUAAUAAUUAAUUACAGCAGGAGCCGACAUCAAUUCUCAAGAUAUUAACAAAAACACUUGCCUUCAUCUGGCAACCAUGAAUCAAAGAUAGAAAAUUAUGGAUUUAUUAUUAAAUAAGCAAAGCUUGAAUCUAACUUUAAAGUAUAUUAAAUUAUAAUAAUGAUAGAAACAAGGAGAAUAAAAUUGCUAUGGAUUAUUCCUCCAAUUAAUAGAUAUUUCUUUAGGCAAUGCAAAAAUAAAAUAACAAUUCAAUUAAAAUUUAUGAUGCAAGAACUGACUUUGGUAGUGAAAAUUGCAAUUCAUUUAAUGAAGAUAAAGUAGGUCCUCAUCAUUUUAAAGUGCAUGCUCUUAUUGGGAAAGGCAGUUUUGGAGAAGUAUAUUUAGUUGAAAAAUUGGACACUAAUCAAUUAUUGGCUAUGAAGGUUCUUCAUAAAUCAAAAAUAUAAAGUAAUCUUAAUUUAUAAUAUCAGAACAAAAUCUUACAAGAUAUGCAUAAACUGAGAGGAAUGUGUUAUCAUUAACUAAGCAUCCAUUUAUUGUCAGAUUAAGAUAUGCAUUCUAAACUGCUGAUAAACUCUGUCUUAUUAUGGAUUAUUGUCCUGGCGGAGAUUUAAGUUCUCAUUUGAGAAGAGAAUAAAGAUUUCCAGAAGAAAGAGUGAAAUUAUAUCUGACUUAAAUGAUUCUUGCUUUGGAAGAUUUACAUAAGAGAGAUAUAAUAUUCAGAGAUUUGAAACCUGAUAAUAUUGUUUUGGAUGCAGAUGGCUUUGCUAUGCUAACGGAUUUUGGUCUAUCAAAAGAGGGAGUUUAAGAACAUUAUUCUGGUGCAAGAUCAUUUUGUGGGUCUGUAGCUUACUUAGCUCCUGAGAUGCUUAAAAGAUGCGGUCAUGGAAAGGCUGUCGAUUGGUACUUAUUAGGAGUAGUAAUGUAUGAACUUUUAGUUGGGCAACCUCCCUACUAUGCUAAUGAUAGAGAAGAACUUUUUAAUAAUAUUCAAAAAGCUGACUUAAAGUUACCAACAUAUAUUUCCCAUGAUGGGAUUAAUCUAUUGAAGGCUGUAAAUUAUUCUGUUAUAUGGUUUUUAGCUAUUAUAAAGAAAUCCAGCUAAAAGAUUGGGUUCUGGUAAAGGAGAUGCUGAAGAAAUUAAAGCUCAUCCUUACUUUAAAGAUAUCGAAUGGGGUAAGGUUAAAGAUAAAGAAAUAAAAAUGCCAAUUUUAAGUAGAAAAACAAGAUUCAUUAAGGUUGAACAUAAUGUUUUUGAAAUUGGCAGCUUUUUAGAAUAAUCCCAUUUGGCUGGCUGGUCAUUUGCAGAGCAUAAAAUUUAAUAGUGAUUUUCGUUUAUACUUAAUACAACAUUG